AUGCACGCAUUUUUAAAAGGAGCCUCUGUUCAGAGCACUAAACUACAGAAGGAGAAGAUCACUGCAGGACCAAGUGGAGAAAAGAAACAAAGGGCAGUGCCCUGGGUGGAAAAAUAUAGGCCAAAAUGUGUGGACGAGGUGGCCUAUCAGGAAGAGGUGGUUGCAGUGCUGAAGAAGUCGCUGGAAGGAGCAGAUCUCCCCAACCUGCUCUUCUACGGCCCUCCAGGAACAGGAAAGACCUCCACUAUCCUGGCUGCUGCGAGAGAACUGUUUGGUCCUGAGUUGUACAAACAGAGAGUGCUGGAGUUGAAUGCCUCUGAUGAGAGAGGGAUCCAGGUGGUCCGCGUGAAAGUGAAGAACUUUGCUCAGCUCACAGUCGCUGGAACUCGGUCAGACGGGAAGCCGUGUCCUCCCUUUAAGAUCAUUAUUCUGGACGAGGCAGACUCCAUGACCGCUCCAGCUCAGGCUGCGCUCAGAAGAACCAUGGAGAAGGAGAGUCGCACCACUCGCUUCUGCCUCAUUUGUAACUACAUAAGCCGGAUUAUUGAGCCACUAACAUCCAGAUGCUCAAAAUUUCGAUUCAAACCUUUGGCCAAUCAGAUACAACAUCAGAGACUCCUGGACGUUUGUGAAAAGGAGAACUUGAAGUACACUAAUGAGAGCAUUGAUGCCCUGGUCAAAGUGUCCGAGGGAGACUUGAGGAAGGCAAUCACAUACCUCCAGAGCGCUGCCCGCCUCAACACCGACAAAGAGAUAACAGAAAAAGCAGUCAUCGAAAUAGCAGGGGUGGUUCCUACAAAAACAAUUGACAACCUACUGGAAAUCUGUUUCAAAGGAACAUUUGAGAAACUAGAAGUUGCCGUCAAAAGCACUGUGGAUGAGGGCUAUGCUGCUUCACAGAUCCUAGGUCAGCUCCAUGAAGCCAUUAUAGAUCAGGACAUCAGUGACAAGCAGAAGUCUGCCAUCACAGAGAAGAUGGCUGUGGUGGAUAAGUGCUUGGCAGAUGGAGCUGACGAGUACCUGCAGAUGCUGAGCCUGUGUUCUGUUAUUAUGCAACAAGCUGCAGAAAACAACUGA